CAUUGGACCCUUCUUCGCAUCCCCACUUCCUUCCCCAUUCAGGUUCUGAUUAGAUUUUUUACAGUGCCAAGAAUUCUCACAAAUUUCACUGAGUCAUCCCUAAUAGGUCGCCGUCGAGAUCUUUCUCCUGCUAGUGGGGAAAAAGCAUGAGUGCACGGAAGAAGACUCCGUUUCAGAAACAUAGAGAAGAAGAAGAAGCAAAGAAAAAACGAGCAGAGGAUGAAACGGCUCGGUUAUAUCAAGAGUUUGUGGAAUCAUUUCAAGCAGAUAAUACGCCUGGUUCUAAGGCAUUUGUUAGAGGAGGCUUGAUCAAUCCCAAUGAGAGGAUAAAGCCUGAUACUGAAGGUGGAAAUUCCAAAGAUGAGGUUUCUGGUUUAAAGAAGGGGAGUAGGUAUGUCCCAUCUUUCAUACCACCUCCUUUGGUUACCAAGGGUAAAGAAUUUGACAAGAAGAAGGAGGAGAAGCCAAAGGAAAAAGAAAAGGGGAAGUCAAGGAACAUUGACCAUUUUAUGGAGGAGCUGAAGCAUGAGCAGGAAAUGAGGGAAAGGCGAAACCAAGAGCGUGAACACUGGCGUGAUGCUCGCCAUGGUGAUAAUUCUGCACCAUCUAGCCGGUUCGAUGAGCUGCCAGAUGACUUUGAUCCAAGUGGAAGGCCUGGAUCAUUUGAUGAUGGAGACCCACAGACCACAAAUCUUUAUGUUGGAAAUUUGUCACCUCAGGUUGAUGAAAAUUUCCUUUUGCGGACUUUUGGAAGAUUUGGACCUAUUGCCAGUGUGAAAAUAAUGUGGCCUAGGACAGAGGAGGAGCGUAGACGCCAAAGGAACUGUGGUUUUGUAGCUUUCAUGAAUAGGCUUGAUGCACAAGCUGCAAAGGAUGAAAUGCAAGGUGUGGUAGUUUAUGAAUACGAGUUAAAGAUUGGCUGGGGUAAAUCUGUGGCUCUUCCAUCACAAGCACUUCCUGCUCCCCCUCCAGGUCAAAUGGCCAUCAGGAGUAAGGAGGGUGCCACUGUUAUCUUGUCUGGCCCUUCAGGUCCUCCAGUUACUACAGUGCCUAGUCAAAAUUCUGAGUUGGUUCUUACACCAAAUGUGCCUGACAUUAAUGUUAUCCCACCGGAGGAUGAUCACCUUCGCCAUGUUAUAGAUACCAUGGCUCUCUAUGUUCUUGAUGGUGGUUGUGCUUUUGAACAAGCAAUAAUGGAGCGUGGUCGUGGAAAUCCCCUAUUUGGGUUCUUGUUUGAACUUGGGUCUCAGGAGCAUACUUAUUAUGUCUGGAGGCUGUAUUCUUUCGCCCAGGGGGAUACUUUGCAACGAUGGCGAACAGAACCCUUCAUUAUGAUUACUGGUAGUGGCAGGUGGAUACCACCUUCUCUUCCUACUGUAAAAGGCCCAGAACAUGAAAAGGAUGGCGGAAGUACAUAUGCUGCUGGGAAAAGCAGGCGUGUAGAGGUGGAAAGAACACUAACUGAUGCACAGAGAGAUGAGUUUGAGGAUAUGCUGCGUGCAUUGACUUUGGAAAGGAGUCAAAUAAAGGAAGCAAUGGGUUUCGCUCUAGAUAAUGCUGAUGCUGCUGGAGAGGUUGUUGAAGUUUUAACUGAGUCACUGACUCUUAAAGAAACACCCAUACCAACAAAAGUUGCAAGGCUUAUGCUUGUCUCAGAUAUCCUUCACAAUAGUAGUGCCCCGGUGAAAAACGCCUCUGCUUAUCGCACCAAAUUUGAGGCAACUUUGCCUGACAUAAUGGAAAGCUUCAAUGACUUGUAUCGUUCUGUAACGGGGAGAAUCACGGCUGAGGCACUUAAGGAGCGAGUACUGAAAGUUCUUCAAGUAUGGGCUGAUUGGUUUCUGUUUUCUGAUGCAUAUGUGAAUGGAUUAAGAGCUACUUUCCUUCGAUCAGGAAAUUCUGGUGUGACUCCAUUUCAUUCUAUAUGUGGUGAUGCCCCUGAGCUAGAACAGAAUACUGGCUCAGAUGACCGUGGGGAAGGUGAAAAGAUUAACCAAGAUGCGGCUUUGGCAAUUGGGAAAGGAGCUGCAAUGAAGGAGCUCUUGAACCUUCCACUUAGUGAGCUUGAACGACGAUGUAGGCACAAUGGGUUAUCUCUUGUAGGUGGCAGAGAAAUGAUGGUUGCACGGUUACUUUAUCUGGAAGAGGCAGAAAGACAACGAGUCUAUGAAGUUGAUGAUGAGUUGAAGUAUCAACAAAGUCAGUCAAGUUCAGCUAGAUAUCCUAGUGGCAAGAAAGAGAAAUCUGUUGAUACAGAUCCAAUGGGAUUCUCGGGAUGGAAUAGUCAUGAGGAUGAGAUGCAGUUGAAAGGAAAAGGAGCAGUGCCUUUGCUCCCAACAAAUCCUGUUGGACAUGAACUAAGUUCCUAUACUAAUGAAGGGAAAAAUGAUUCCAUUUUGCCUGCCUCGAAGUGGGCCAGAGAGGAUGAUGAGAGUGAUGAUGAGCAAAACGGAAGUGCUAGGGAUCUGGGAUUGACCUAUUCUUCCUCGGGAAGCGAAAAUGCUGCUGAUGGACUUGAUAAGAAUGAGGAGCCCGAUUUUACAACUGAUGUGAGCAAUUCAUCACAUUCUGAAAGUGGCUUGAAUGAAGAGCAGAGACAAAAGCUGAGGCGGGUGGAAGUUGAACUCAUAAAAUAUCGUGAAUAUUUGGAAGAGCAAGGCACAAAAAGUUCAGAAGAAAUUGAGAGAGAAGUUGAAAGCCGUCGAAGACGAUUACUAUCUGAUUGUGGAUUGUUGGAUAUGAAUGAAGAUGCUUCUGGAAGAAGGAGGUCAUCUUUGGAGAGAAAAGACAAGAGAGAUAAUUUGCAUGAACCUGUAAGGAAGCGUCGCCGCAGCCGAAGUCGAAGUAAUAGUCCUCCACGAAAAUCAUCUAUGAAAGACAGGGAUAGGGACAGUGAAAUUAACAGAGAAAGAGAGAGACGUCGAGAAAGGGAAAGACAUGGUUUAGAAAGUGAAAGGGGAAGGGAUCGUGAAAGGGACCGCGAAAAAAGUGGAAGCAGGGAGAGGGAUGAUCAUGACAGAGAAAAAAGCAGGGAAAGAGACAGAGAAAGGAGAAGGGUGAAAUGAGUUGGUAGGUGUGAUACUGGAAAUGAUUGUUGGUUGCAAUGAAGAGGGGCUUGGUUUGCCUUGGGUUGAAAUAGGUUCCUAACAUUUGUUUGAACUUGCAGUGCUGCAUAAUGGUUCUGAUCCCAAGAUUGAGCUCUCCGAUUUCCAGGCACAAACGGGCUUUUUUUUUUUUUCAGAAGAUCUGCCUGAAUCAUUAUGUUAGUCAUUUUGGAAACUUUUAUAGCCUCAGAUUUUCUGUGAAAGAUGUUAUAUCAGUUGCGAGCCCUUUUAUAUAUUAAUUAUAUAAAAUACGCCUUAGAAUUUUUACCUCAGUAA